UGUAUGAGGAGACUGGCUGCUUUGAUCCCAACCCCAUGUCGGAGGAUGCAGUUUCUGUUGCGGGAGCAGAGGAUGGGUUUUCCCAAACGGUCCAAAACUGCACCCACAACAAUUUCGAAGACAAUCUGAGACUUUCCAUGGAGGAGCUCUCCUACCAGGACCACAACCAGAACCAGACUUCUAUUCAUGAUCAGGCUGCUGCUGCUGCUGCUGCCGCCACUGCCAUGGAGAUUAUUGAACUCCAUCAGCAUCUGGGAUUCAACAUGGACUGCUCCUACAACGGCCACAACCACAGCAAUACCCAUCUCCAAAUUGACAUUCAAAAUGGCCACCAAAGCUACGAUUAUUCUUCACUACCAAACAGCCCUUACCCCCCAACACCGGACCUCCUCAAUCUCUUCCACUUGCCCAGAUGCUCAGCCUCCUCUGUGCUCCCCAAUUCAUCCAUCUCCUUCUCGAACCCGGCACAGAAGACAACCGCUAGUUAUCAGAGCUCCCAGCUCGGCUUUCUGGGAGACAUUCCAACUGGGGCGGACAGCGCCUCUGGCGCCUCCGUUUUAUACGACCCACAAUUCCAUCUAAACCUGCCUCCGCAGCCUCCUUUGUUCAGGCAAUUGUUCGGCCAGUCUCUACCCAAUGGCUACAGCUUGCCAUGCUCAGGGAAUGGUUCCUUGUUUGGCACGGGAGGGGAUGAAAGAGAGGGAAAUGGGGGUGUGUACAAAGAUGGGGAUGUGAGGCAGUUUGAGAAUGGAGUGCUGGAGUUGAUCAGUAGGGAUAUGGGCUGCAUUGGAAAAGGCAGGGAUGGCGAAACCAAACACUUCGCCACUGAGCGCGAAAGGAGACAAAACUUGAAUGACAAAUACAAGGUCUUGAGAAGCCUUGUCCCUAAGCCUACAAAGGCUGAUAGGGCAUCUGCGGUGGUGGGAGAUGCAAUAGAAUACAUCAAAGAUCUUCAGAGGACAGUGAAUGAGCUGAAGUUGCUGGUGGAGAAAAAGAGAUGUGGGAGAGAGAUGGUGACCAAGCCUGUUGGUGACCCUCAUGGUGGCCAAUCCUACAAUGGAUCCUUGAGGAGCUCAUGGCUUCAGAGGAAAUCCAAAGACACUAAGGUUGAUGUUCGUGUCAUCGACGACGAGGUGUCCAUCAACACCAGGUUAUAUGAUGUGGUUCGUAAAGAAAUUUGGUACCGGCCAGACAUGUACUUUUACAGGGACAUGCUUAUGAUGCUUACACGAAACGAAAAGGUUGAUGAAGCAAAGCAGGUUUCGGAAGACCUGAAGAAAGAGGAAGUUCUCUUUGACCAGCAUACAUUUGGGGACAUUAUCAGAGCAUUUUUAGAUAGCAAGUUGCCCUUGGAGGCAAUGGACAUAUAUGAUGAAAUGAGACUAUCCCUUGAUCCCCCAAUCUCUUUGCCUUUUCGAGUGAUAUUGAAAGGGCUCCUUACAUACCCAGAAUUGAGAGAGAUUACAAAGCGAAUAUUCUUAUGGACAUUUUACAGUGCGCCUUUAUAG